AUUUGGUAGGGAUCAUAAAUAAAUGAGUUUAUCAGGUCUCCUGAGGGAACGUUAAGAUGGUGGGUCCCGGCUGCCGUUUUAAAACUAUAGGAUGUCAGAAGCCACUAAGUCUGACAACCAGUCUCAUCAAGGGGUAUCAUGUUGUGCAGCAAACCUAACCUUCAUAUGUAUGGGCUUAAGUGCGGGAUGGUCGUCACCCGUGUUACUGAAGCUGAAGAAUGAAACGCAAACGGUUCUUCCAAGACCUAUCACUGAAGAAGAAGGAUCCUGGAUAGUCUCCAUAGGAGCCGUCAGUUCUCUUACUCUGUACCUCGCAAUAGGAGUCCUUAUGGACCGUCUAGGCCGUAGAACAUGCAUCAUCAUCGGCUGCAUCCCUCGAAUGGUGAUGUGCUUCUCUCUGCUCUUUGCCACUGAAGUCUGGGUUUUAUUCCUGGGUAAAGUCAUGGAUGGUUUUUCUAAUGUCUUCAUUAUUGGAGUUGUUCCCACUUAUUCUUCGGAGAUUGCUAGUAAAGAAUGCAGAGGAGCUCUUGGCUCGAUCUCUCAAGUGGCUUCAGGUUUGGGUAUACUGAUAGUCCUCAGCAUUGGGCCAUUUCUAUCUUACUACAACUUACACGUUAUCUAUGCCUGUAUUGUGGUCUUUACCAGCGCCCCAUUGUGGUUCAUUCCGGAAACUCCCUACUACUUGUAUUCUAGAGGAAAGAAAGAAGAAUCUCUAAAAGUCCUUAAAUACCUUCGAGGGUCAGAAGAAUUAGCCAAAGAGGAACUCAAACUGUAUUCCUUAAACCAGACCAAAUUAUCAAAGAGAGAGAUUUUCAAGGACAAGACGACUCUGAAGACUUUAGGCAAAGUGAUAUUUUUGGGUAUUUACCAAGAAGUCAUUGGUUAUAAUGCUGUUAUGUUUUACAUGCAGACAAUAUUAGAAUCUACGCAUACAACUGUAGGAGAUGAUGUGGCUUCGGUUAUCAAUGGAUGCAUACAGCUGAUUGCUUGUUUUUGCACUAUUUUGGUGACUGACCGGUUUGGGAGGAAGCCUAUAUUGAUAUCUACUUUAUUUGGAAUGGCUCUCGGUAUGAUUGGAUUGGGCGCCUUCUUUCAGUUGAAAGCAGAGGGGGUGGAAAUUACUGGACUCUUGAACUUCUUACCUCUGCUAUCCAUGAUGCUUGUAGUUUUCUGCUUUAGUGCAGGAAUUGGCUCAAUACUAUGGACUGUAGUAGCAGAACUCUUCGAUGGUCCUGCUAGAGCGAUUGGCACAUCUACAAGCAUUGGUGUAGCCACGCUCUUUCUAUUCUUCUGCACGAAGUACUUCGCUUUCAUCACCAAUGCCAUAGGACCUGCGAACACAUACUGGAUCUUCAGCGGUAACUGCAUUAUAAAUGCACUUUUUGUGCUGUUUUUCAUUCCGGAGACUAAGGGAAAGACUUUUGUGGAAAUUCAAGAGGAGUUGGGUAAGAAAAUUGUGAAGAAUUCAAAGACGUAAGGAUUUUUUUUCGGCGGAAAAUAAAUGGUGUAUAUUUUACGGACUUGUAGUGCAGAGUACUUAUAUCAAGUAAGAAUAAAAGAAAACGCUAGUCA